AUGAAAGAUGUAACAGUGAACAGUGAUGAGUGCAUCGUUUCGUUCGACGUCGUGUCUCUGUUCACCAGUGUGCCCAUAGCGCUAGCAGUGUCCUGCGCACGAGCAGCUUUGAAGGAAGAUAAACUCUUGAGCGAAAGAAGCUGCCUAAGCAUCGACGAACUGUUUCGUCUACUGGAGUAUUGCCUCAAGGGGACAUACUUCAGCGUCUACGGGAUCUUCUACAGACAAGCCAGCGGGACCGCGAUGGGGGCGGCGAUCUCCGUUACAGCUGCGAACCUCACAAUGGAGCACAUUGAAGAAACGGCACUAGACUCCUUUAUUGACAAGCCGAAAGUGUUUGUGAGGUACGUGGAUGACUGCUUCUGCGUCAAGUCAGCCGUAGACAGCUUCCUCCAACAUCUGAAUUCCGUCGACCAGGCGAUACAGUUCACGGUGGAGCGAGAGCGAGACGGGACGCUUCCAUUUCUCGAUUCGGGCGGCAGGGUGAGCGCAUGA